UGCAGCCAAAACGAGAUCAUGUACUUCAUGUUACUUUUCCCAAAGAGUGGAAGACUAGUGACCUUUACCAGCUUUUCAGUGCCUUUGGUAACAUUCAGGUUUCAUGGAUUGAUGAUACAUCAGCAUUUGUAUCAUUGAGCCAGCCAGAACAAGUACAAAUAGCUGUAAACACCAGCAGAUAUGCUGAAAGUUAUAGGAUCCAGACUUAUGCAGAAUAUGUUGAGAAAAAACAUGAAGAAAAACAGGCAAAGAGAAAAUGUACAGAAGAUAGUUGGAAGGAGAUGGAGAGAAAGCGGUUAAAAACUCAUUGCACACCUUAUGUUUCCCAGAGUCGAUACUACUGUGUUAACAGUUUUACAGGUACCAGUACAGUGGGAAAGAGAAGCAUGAGUCCUAUUCAGGAAGAAACUGGUUCUGAUGAUAUGGAAGAGGGAGAAGCUCAAGAUCCAGAAUAUAAUCAGACAGACUCCUGUGCAGAGUCUCUUCCAGAUGGUAAAAAGAGAGCCAAAAAGUUCAAAAAGAUCAAGACAGAACAAGUUCCAGCAGGAAGACUCACAGCUAGUUCUGCUGGAAUUUUUGAAGUCCCUGAAACAUGGUAGGAAACAACUGCCUUAACAAGUGGAAUUAAUUGAAAGCAGUUGUGAGAAUACACCUCUUGGAAGCCAUACUUUAUUUAAAUAAAGUGGUGUUAACAAAGCAGUAUGUGUCCUGAAAAUCAGUUUAAUUAUUUUAAACUGUUUAUUGAACAAUCGCUGUCGGUUUUACUUGUGUGUAUAUUAACUAGCAUAUGAUUCAUUGUUGAUCAUGUGAAAUCCUUGCUGUCAUAAAUGAUGUUAGAUUUAAGAAGCAAGACUAAAUGUAUUUUGGUCACCUACUUUGGCAUGCUGGCUAUGAAAUGUACAAAAAGAACUGGCACUACGAUUUCAUGCGAGGCUGUUUCCUAUGCUUGAGGGGAGUUACCACAAACCUCCUAAUCUUUAGCUAUUUUUUUCAGGCAUUAUCAAUAUGCUGUCAGCAUUCUUGAAACAGGUAGAACUGCAGGUUUGCAUAUUGCUUUCUACCAGUUACUUGAUCUGGAAAUCUUUUUUAGUUUUCCAUUCUCUAUCCCCCACCCUCUGUGCUGCCAGUAUUCAUGUAAAUUCCAACUUUACAACUACCUUAUCCUUUCAAAAAACUGUAACUUAUAAGUUUCUCAAACAUUAAUUUCCUGGUGGGAUGUAGUUUUUCUCUGUUUUCAUGUCUUGUUGCUGUUUUCACUCUUAAGUCUUGAUCUAUUUCUUCGCUUCUUCUUCCUCAGUUUGUGGGGGUUUUGUAAAAAUGUUUUUUGGUACCUGUGACAAACCUGCUAACUACACCAGCCCUUUAUUUGUUUAAAAAAGGAUCUGCAUUGAUAGAUUUCAGAAAAUGUUUGAUAUUUAACAUUUUUGUAUCAUGGAAAUAAAAACAAAAGAUGUAUUUCCAUAAAAUGAAAUUAAAGACAUUUUCUUAGGAA